CACCUCGCCUAUAGGGAUUUCCAGAUCGCCGUUUUUUAAUCUUCCUUGUGAAGAAGCCUCUUCGCUGUUCUUUUGGGAAUUAAGCUAAACAUUUGGCGUCUUGAGCUCUCUCUCUCUCUCUCUCUCUCUCUCUCUCUCUCUCUCUCUCUCUCUCUCUCUCUCUCUCUCUCUCUCUCUCUCUUUGGUGGGGAAGAAGCUCAAGGCGAAGACAGAAGAAAAAAGAGCCUUAUCUCCUCGUGGAUUGGAAGAAACAGAAGGAAAGCCCAAAGCUGAUAUUCAGAAUAUUAUCUCUCUAUAUAUACAUACACACACACACAUAUAUUUUCAAAACAAUCUCUCCCCCUCCUUUUUUUUUUUUUGCCAUCCACUACAGCUGUCAGUCACUGAAAGGGCGUGUAUCUAAAGCAACCACAACACUCACAGAAAAGAAAGAGAGGAGAGGUUCUUGCAAAAGGAAAAUCUUAACUCCACCAGCCUGGGACAAGAGAUUUCUGUCCAGGAUCUUGAAAUAAUUCCCCCCUCCCCCUUUAAUCCUCUCUGAUCUUCAGAAAAAGAGGGGAGGGGGAGAAGGAAGACUAGAAAAGAGAUAAAAUCAAGUCAGCCCACCAUGGGACGUCAGUCCAUGCUGACCUUUGCAGUCUUUUCCGCGCUGCUUUGCCAGGUUUGGAGUUCCGGGGUGUUUGAGCUGAAGCUUCAAGAGUUUGUCAAUAAGAAGGGGCUCUUGGGGAACCGCAACUGCUGUCGCGGGGGCAGCGGGGGAGGCAGCUCGAGCGCCGCUUCUGGCUCCGGGCUGCUGCAGUGCGAUUGCAAGACUUUCUUCCGUGUGUGCCUAAAACACUACCAGGCCAGCGUGUCCCCCGAGCCUCCCUGCACCUAUGGUAGCGCGGUCACCCCGGUGCUAGGGGCCAACUCCUUCAGUGUCCCCGACAGCACCGGCAACGCAGAUCCUGCCUUUAGCAACCCAAUCCGCUUCCCUUUCGGCUUCACCUGGCCAGGCACUUUCUCACUUAUUAUUGAAGCUCUGCACACAGAUUCACCAGAUGAUCUCACUACAGAAAACCCUGAUCGACUGAUUAGCCGACUGGCCACACAGCGGCACCUGACGGUGGGGGAGGAGUGGUCUCAGGACCUGCACAGUAGCAGUCGGUCUGACCUCAAGUACUCCUACCGAUUUGUCUGUGAUGAGCACUACUAUGGUGAGGGCUGCUCAGUCUUCUGCAGACCCAGGGAUGAUGCCUUUGGCCACUUCACCUGUGGGGAGCGAGGAGAGAAGGUCUGCAACCCUGGUUGGAAAGGCCAGUACUGCACUGAACCAAUCUGCUUGCCAGGAUGUGAUGAGCAACAUGGAUUCUGUGACAAGCCUGGAGAAUGCAAGUGUAGAGUUGGCUGGCAGGGUCGGUACUGUGAUGAGUGUAUCAGAUACCCUGGCUGCCUCCAUGGGACAUGUCAACAGCCUUGGCAGUGUAAUUGCCAGGAAGGCUGGGGAGGUCUUUUCUGUAACCAAGACCUUAACUACUGCACUCAUCACAAGCCUUGCAAGAAUGGAGCCACUUGCACCAACACUGGUCAAGGAAGCUACACUUGCUCUUGCCGUCCAGGAUAUACUGGCGCCAACUGUGAGACUGAGAUAAAUGAAUGUGAUACCAACCCUUGCAAAAAUGGAGGAAGCUGCACAGAUCUUGAAAACAGUUAUUCCUGUACUUGUCCACCUGGCUUCUAUGGUAAGAAUUGUGAGCUGAGCGCUAUGACCUGUGCUGAUGGCCCAUGCUUCAAUGGAGGCCGAUGCACGGAUAACCCUGAUGGAGGAUAUGCCUGUCACUGCCCAGUGGGUUACUCUGGCUUUAACUGUGAAAAGAAAAUUGACUACUGCAGCUCCUCCCCUUGUUCCAAUGGAGCCCAGUGUGUCGAUCUUGGGAAUUCUUACCUAUGCCAAUGCCAGGCUGGUUUCACAGGGAGACAUUGUGACAACAACAUGGACGAUUGUGCUUCCUUCCCUUGUGUGAACGGGGGUACCUGCCAAGAUGGGGUAAAUGACUACUCUUGCACGUGUCCUCCAGGAUACACAGGGAAAAACUGCAGCGCCCCUGUCAGUAAAUGCGAACACGGUCCCUGUCACAAUGGGGCAACCUGCCACGAGAGAAACCACCGCUAUGUGUGCGAGUGUGCCAGGGGCUACGGAGGACUCAACUGUCAGUUCUUGCUCCCUGAGCCUCCCCAGCCUCCUGUGGUGGUGGUCCCAGACAAAUUCAUAGAAGGCCAGAACGGGCAAUUCCCUUGGAUUGCUGUGUGUGCUGGCAUCAUCCUUGUCCUCAUGCUACUGUUGGGGUGUGCCGCUGUGGUGGUCUGCGUGCGGCUGAAGCUCCAGAAACGGCAGCCUCCGGCGGACACGUGCCGGGGAGAGACUGAAACCAUGAACAAUCUGGCCAACUGUCAGCGGGAAAAGGACAUUUCAGUUAGCGUCAUUGGUGCUGCGCAAAUCAAGAACACCAACAAGAAAGCGGAUUUCCACGGGGAAAACAACUCGGAUAAAAAUGGCUUCAAGACUCGCUAUCCAACAGUGGAUUAUAAUUUGGUACAUGAUGUCAAGAAUGAAGACCCUUCCAGGGAGGAGCACAGCAAGUGUGAAGCCAAGUAUGAGACCCAUGACCCUGGAUUGGAGGACAAGAGUAGCACGCCUCUCAAAGGUGGUGACGCAUCAGAACGGAAAAGGCCAGAAUCUGUAUACUCCACUUCUAAAGAUACAAAGUACCAGUCAGUUUAUGUCAUAUCAGAAGAAAAAGAUGAAUGCAUCAUAGCAACAGAGGUGUAAAAAUGUCAAAAUUUCUGUUUCUCCUAAAUAAAAUAAAUUCCAAGGAUAUAUGCCCCAACGGAUGCUGCUGAAAGAGGAAAGGGAGAUCCCUUCACGGACUGCUGCUGAGAAACUAAAUUCAGACUGAGCUGGUUCUCUUCCUGAAAUUAGCAAAAGUGACUGCAAAACGAGCUGGACACCAGGCUGGGUUGGUGUUCAAGGAUACCUGUUGCACUGCCUUUUAAAUGACUUUUCCCGUUGCACUAUGGACAGUUGCUUUUUAAAAAAUAUAUAUAUUUAAAUGAAUGGACUUAAUUACUACAUAAGAAGCAUGCACUGCCUGAAGUGUAUAUUUUGGAUUCUUAUGAGCCAGUCUUUUCUUGAAUUAGAAACACAAACACUGCCUUUAUUGUCCUUUUUGAUACUAAAAUGUGUUUUUCUAGGUGGAAAAAAAUGUGUGUUAUUUUUUUGGAUUUGUAAAAAUAUUUUCAUGAUAUCUGUAAAGCUUGAGUAUUUUGUGAUGUUCAUUUUUUAUAAUUUAAAUUUUUUGGUAAAUAUGUACAAAGGCACUUCGGGUCUAUGUGACUAUAUUUUUUGUAUAUAAAUGUAUUUAUGGAAUAUUGUGCAAAUGUUAUUUGAGGUUUUUUUUUUACUGUUUUGUUAAUGAAGAAAUUCAUUUUUAAAAUAUUUUUCCAAAAUAAAUAUUAUGAAUGAUAAC